AUUUAAUUAGUCAAAUUGAAAAUUUGGGUACGCGUGCGUGGCUCAUAUUAUUAUAAGGCCCUGUUUAGUUGGGUUUAAAACUGCUUUCUGACUUUUGGAUUAUAAGCCACAAAAGCACCAAAUUAGAUGCUUUCGGUUUUGGUUUUUGACAUUUGACUUGAUAUUGUUAGAUGAUGGUAUAAGUAAAAUGCCAAAGUCAAAAACAACUAUUUAGGUGCUUUUGUGAAUUAUAAGUCAAAAGUCAAGGUGCUUUUGUGAAUUAUAAGUCAAAAGUUAAAAAACAGUUUUAAUCCCAACCAAACAGAGCUAACACUGAGGGGAUAAUACAAUAUUCUUCUGCUCAUGUUAUCGUGAAAGCGUGGGAGUAACAGAACAGCAGUACACUUCUAAAAACGUUCGUCAUCGACGAGGUACUCCUCAUUAUGGCUAUGACCUCUACUAGUUAAGCAUGACAGCUGGUAUAUAACCAUGAUCAAGCAUUCAAAGUUUCAAGCACCCACAAGAAAACAACGCGGCAUAUUGAGGGCGCAGUGGCAGUACUAGUACAAACCACCAUGGAAGCCCGAGCCCAUAUGAUUGGUCAGCCUCAUGACGUCCUAUGAAUUGAGUUCACUGUUUACCAUUUCGUGCCAAGUUUCACAGAUCUUCUGUGACGGCGGGUGAUAUGCAUUUGUGCAGCUCCACUACAUGUAAAAGCGGCCGUGCGGCGUGUUGUCCACCACGUGUCAGUGUAGACAGGCAAUCGGUCAGCACUCUUUUUUCUGCGAAAUGGAAACCGAGUGUCAAGCAGUCUUUUUCUGCGAAAUGGCAAACCACGAGCACUCGUACAACAAAGAUUUAAGCCGGAGGCUCCACCUAAAAGCAUUUCUACACAGACGUGUUUCAGUACAGUACUUGUGCUUUGCUACUGAAAUAGAAAGGCGUACACCGUCAUACAAAUUUUAAUUGGCGUAUUUGGUUUUGUUAGCACAAUACUUUAACCACAAUAUUCUUAACUGGAUCAUACGAGCUUCGAAAGCCCGAGGCGCAAAUUGACUACCCACCUUUUCGGCUUACCUCCCCACAUCGUCCUUUAUUAGUCGCAUUAGCAGCUCGUUCGGCUUUUCCACUGGAUCGCUGGCAAGUUCAUCCAUCGCUUCAGCUCCCUCCGGCGGUUCUCAGGAUGACGGGGACGGGUGAUCAGCAGGAGGGCGGCACGAUUGCGAUAGGCAUCGACCUCGGGACUUCGUGGUCUUGCGUCGGCGUGUACCGGCACCGGCACGGCCGCGUGGAGAUCAUAAUCAACGAACAAGGCAGCCGGACAACGCCGUCCUGCGUCGCGUUCUCGGAUACGGAGAGCCUCCUCGUCGGCGAGGCGGCCCUGAACCAGGCCGCCCGGAACCCCACUAACACCGUCUCCGGUGCUAAGCGACUGCCGGGAAGGAGAUUCAGCGACGCGUCCGUGCGGUCCGACAUGAAUCUAUGGCCAUUCAAGGUCGUCGCCGGCCGCGGCGACAAGCCAAUGAUCGCCGCGAGCCACAGACGCAGGCAGAAGCUGCUCGCCGGGGAGGAGAUCGCAGCCAUGCUGCUCGUAAAGAUAAAGAGGGACGCUGAGUCCUACCUCGGAGGCACCGUCACGAACGCCGUGGUCACGGUCCCCGUGUCCUUCGACGUCCUCCAGCGGCGCGCCACCAAGGACGCCUUCGCCGUCGCGGGCCUCGACGUCCUCGGCGUCGUCCACGAGCCCGUGGCCGCCGCCGUCGCGUACUACGGCCUCUUCCACGAAAGUGGCACGGAGACGAAGAACGUGGUCGUCUUUGACCUUGGGGGCGGUCACACCAGCGCGGCACUCCUGACGAUCUCCGCCGGCAAGAUCGCCGUCGAGGCAACAGCCGGCGACGCCCACCUCGGCGGCGAGGAUUUCGACGGGCGCAUGGUCGAGCAUUUCGUCGAACAGCUGAAGACAGAGUACGGGAAAGAAGACGUCGGCCGCAGCGCGAGGGCUCUGGUGAGGCUGAGGGCGGCGUGCGAGCAGGCGAAGAGGACGCUCUCGUCAAGUACCUGGGCCCCCAUCGAAAUCGACUGCCUGCUCGAGGGCGUCGACUUCCGCACGACCAUCACCCGGGAUCAGUUCGAGGACCUCAACACGGACCUCUUCUGCAGGUGCAUGGAGCCUGUGAAGAAGUGCCUCAGCGACGCCAAGCUCGACAGGAGCAACGUGCACGACGUCGUCCUCGUCGGCGGGUCAACCCGAAUCCCUUGCCUGCGGCGUAUGCUUCGGGAUCUUUUUGAUGGGAAAGAGCUCCUCCGCAAAGACAUCAACCCCGAGGAAGCCGUGGCGCGCGGCGCUGCCAUUCUCGCCGCUGCCGUAGUCAGCCGCGUGCCCGACAGUGACUUGCUGGACCUGAUCCUGUCCGACACCACGCCGCGCUCGCUCGGCGUGGAGGCGGCCGGCGGUGCCAUGGCCGUGAUCAUCCCCAAGAAUAGCACCAUUCCCAUCAGAAGGGAGCAGAUUAUUGCCCUCCAUUCUCAAGAGCCGACGAGUGUCGUUAUCCCGGUGUUUGAAGGCGAGAACCCCAUCGCAAGGGAGAACAGCUUGCUCGGCGAGCUCAAGCUUUCUGCCGUCCAUCGUGGAACACAACGCGGGGGCAGCGAACGCCAGGUUUCGGUGUGCUUUGACAUCGAUGCAGACGGAGUCAUGACGGUGAACGCGAGGGACAGGGCGACCAAGAAUGCGAACCAGAUGAAGUUCAUGGACAAAGGCCAGCUGAGCAAGCAGGAGAUCGAGAGGAUGGCCGAGGAGGCAGCGGAGUACAUGGCACAGGACGCGGAGAACAGGGACAGGGUCAACGCGAAGAACCUGCUCGAAGAAUGCUUGUACGUGAAGCGCCGUAAGAUUGAGGCCGAAAGGAAGAAGGCGAACGAUGCUCUUUCCGGCUUGGAGCAGAUGAUUCAGCAGGUGGACAACGACCAGGUUUCCAGCGCCAAGAAGUUCCGAGAGGAUUUGGAGGUGCUCAUGGUGGAGGGGAGCACCGUCGCUGGUAAGCUGGGUGAUGCGUGAUGAUGUCCACAUCGUCUUUAUGUAUGCAACCUUGAUUAGCUUUUCAACCGUCAAUGGUCAAAUCCAGAUCUAUUUUAAGUGAUUUAUGUUCAUUUUGGUAUUUGCACGUGUCGUGCUUCAAUAUACUUCCUCCGUUUCAUAAUUCUUGUCGAAAUAUUACAUGUGUCUGCUUUUUAGAAAUA